AUGGCAGACCCAUCGAAGGGUCGAGGACGUGGCUUAGCCUUAAUCCAGGCUUUAAGAGCUCAAAGUGAGGACUCAUCAAAUAAUGAGGCUUCCAGCCAAGUAUCUAGUUCUUUUGAUAUGUAUCCACCUCCGAGUGCAUUAUCUAGCUAUGCACCAAGCAUUGCCCCCAGUAUGGUUGGUUCUUCUGUUGCACCCACAUCAAUUGGUGGUCGAGGAAAAAUAGCAGCUAUGCUUAAAAUGCAGCAGAAAUCAUCAGGGGUUGGAGUUUCAGAGAGUGCAACAACCCCUUUUGUCCCUGCAUCUGAUACCAGACCAAAACCAAGUUCAAAAGGAAUGGGAAGGGGUCUUAAAUUAAUACAAAACUUGAGAGCAGCGCAAGAAUCAUCAACAUUGGGCGGUGGGGAUAGCACUGUUGAUUCCAUUACCGACCAUUUAAGAAAUACUAGUCUCUUAUCAGUUGGAUCAUCAUUAACUGGCAAAAAUAAGCACUUUCGAGAAAUAAAAGACACACCACCGGUUGUGAAGAAAGGUGAACAUGGAACACCUUGUGAAGUCACAGCUAACUUCAUACACCUUAAAUUUGAAGAGAACACUGUGUUUGAAUAUGAAGUGAGAUAUCAACCCGAGCAGGACCAUAGAAGCCUUAGGUUUAAAUUGCUUAAUGAACAUCAUGAUCUAUUCAAGGUUAAGUCCUUUGAUGGCACCACCUUGUACCUACCUCACCAAUUACCAGAUGAUGUGACAGAUCUUGUUUCGACCAACCCGUAUGACAACUCUAAAGUAAAUAUAACUGUAGUAUUUAACCGUGUACGACGGCUUAGCGAAAUGGUUCACAUUUACAAUCUCCUCUUCAAACACAUAAUGAACGAUUUGGAGUUGGUCCGAUUCGGUCGGCAGCAUUUUAAUAAUCACGCAGCUAUACAAAUACCGCAGCACAAACUCGAAGUAUGGCCGGGGUAUGUAACAGCAGUGGACGAGUAUGAAGGCGGAUUAAUGUUGACACUGGACUCAACGCAUCGUGUCCUCCGGACUGAGACUGUCUUGUCCGUCAUUAAACGGGCAGCGCAAGAAGUCGGAGCCAAUUGGAAGAGAGUGGUGGCUGAUGAGCUCAUAGGUUCUUCAGUGAUGACUAAUUACAAUAAGAAACUAUUUAGAGUGGACGCUAUAGAUGACACGAUAACACCGCGUUCGACCUUCGAGAAGAAGGUAGAUGGGAAGGAAGUGGCGAUUUCCUACAUUGAUUAUUAUAAAAACAAUUACGGUAUCAGCAUUAUGGACUGGGACCAGCCCAUGCUUAUAUCGAGGGAUACAAAGACUGUCGCUGGCAAAGAAGUGGACUACAUGAUCUGCUUGGUGCCGGAACUCUGUUCGCUGACCGGGCUCUCUGAUAACCAACGCAGCAACUUCAGACUCAUGAAAGAUGUCGCGACUUACACUCGUAUCACACCCAAUCAGCGACACUCGGCCUUUAAAAAGUACAUCAGUAGCGUGCUCAGCAACGAGACCGCAAAGAAUCGUCUCAAAGGCUGGGGUCUCAGUAUAGCGCCGGAAACUGUGGACAUAGUAGGCCGUACUCUACCACCCGAGGCUCUCUACUUUGGCAACAACGUGAAGGUGCCAGGGAAGCCAAAUGCUGAGUGGAACAACGAAGCCACCAAGAACUCCGUCAUGAUCGCGGUCGAUAUACACAAUUGGGCUGUUCUUUAUACUGACAAGGAUAAAAAUGCUACAAUGAACUUCGUAGAUACCGUUAUGCGAUGCUGCAAACCGAUGGGGAUAACAAUACAGAAACCACAAAUGGUGCGGCUGGCAAGCGAUCGUACGGACGCCUACGUCACCGCACUGAGGAGCGUGAUACAGUCGAAACCUCAAGUUGUCGUCACCAUAUGUCCGUCAUCCCGCGACGACAGAUACGCGGCUAUCAAGCGGAUAUGUUGUUCUGAUAAUGCAGUGCCCUCACAGGUGAUAAAUGCCCGUACAAUAAUGAACCAACAGAAGAUUCGCUCGGUGACCCAGAAGAUCCUUUUGCAGGUGAACUGCAAGUUGGGAGGAACGCUCUGGAACAUUCAUAUACCGCUCAAGUCUGUUAUGGUGGUGGGUAUCGACGCCUACCAUGAUCCAAGCCGGAAAAAACGUAGUGUAUUUAGUUUCGUUGCUUCCUACAGCCAGUCUUUGACCCAAUGGUAUUCAAAAGCGAUGUUCCAAGAAAAGAGUCAAGAAAUCGUGGACUGUAUCAAAGUCUGUUUUAUUCAGGCGCUCCAAUUUUAUCUCAGGACGAACGGAACGUUUCCCGAAAGGAUUAUAGUUUAUCGCGAUGGCGUAGGUGACGGUCAGUUUUCACGAAUACAAGAUUACGAAGUGAGCCAGCUGAAAAUAUUGAUUCAAGAGCUAGAUAAGGUCUAUCAGCCCAAGAUUACGUACGUGGUCGUACAAAAACGUAUAAACACGCGAAUCUUCUUGAAAGGCUUUCAAGGAGACUUUGAGAAUCCGCCCCCGGGGACAGUUGUAGACCAUCACAUCACCAAACGUGAUUGGUACGAUUUCCUCUUAGUCUCUCAGAAGGUCAACCAAGGUACAGUGACGCCCACGCAUUACAUCGUGGUCUACGACGACAGCAACAUGCCGCCCGACCAAUGCCAGCGGCUCACCUACAAGUUGACCCACUUGUACUACAACUGGCCCGGGACAGUGCGCGUUCCAGCACCAUGCCAGUACGCUCAUAAGUUGGCGUAUCUGGUCGGACAGAAUAUAGGCCAUGAUCCAGCUGAGUCGCUCUGUGACAAAUUGUUCUUCUUAUAA